ACUAAGACCACAACGACCUCACCCCUCCGACCAAUAAUGACGUCCCCGGACUCUCCCCCGCUCGUUUCCCCUUCUCCAUGCCCUGCUCCACCUCCGUCCGUCCCCUCCUCUCCCGUGCCCUCCUCCCCAGCCCCGUCUUCCUCCUCCCUGCCCGCCCCCCCCUCGCUGCCUCCCACGGGGGAGGUGAUGGUGCUGGCGCUGGGCAGGAAGAAGCAGAGGGUGCUGAUUGCUCUCACCAUCCUCCCCAACCUCUUCCUGGCCUUCCUGCUCUCCUCUGACCCGCUCAUCACCCUCUCCCCGCCUCACCACUGCCACCUGCCGGGGCCGCUGCCGUCGCUGGAGUUGCUGAACGCCUCGCUGCCCUGGGAGAAGUCGGAGCGGCUUCGGGACAGAAGGAACCAAUCCCAGUGUAAGCAGUACGUCAACGGCAGCCAGUCAGCAGUGGUGGACUGUGUGGCUGGCUGGGACUACAACGUGACCGAGGGGCUGAGGAACAACAUUGUCACAGAGUGGGAUCUGGUGUGUGGUCAGUACUGGCUGGUCCCUGUGGAGGAGGUGUGUUUCAUCCUGGGCGUCCUCACAGGCUGUCUGGGUCUGGGCUUUGCUGCAGACAGGCUGGGCAGGUCCAAGACUCUGCUGACCUCCCUGACCCUGUCGGUGGUGUUCGGGGUGCUGGUGUGCGUCUCUCCGUACCCCUCCAUCUUCAUCUUUAUGCGUUUCUGUCUGGCGGCUGCUAGCGCGGGAGUCUACCUCACGCUGUACAUCACCCGUCUGGAGCUGUGUGAGCCCUCUCUGAGGCUGGUGGUGACGAUGCUGGCCGGACUGAUGACUGUAGCUGGAGAGCUGCUGCUGCUGGCCGUGGCACUGGGCUGCCAGUCCUGGAGAGGCCUGCUGGGAGCUGGGGCCGCACCGCUGACACUGUUCCUCUGCUACGGCAUUCCUGGAGUGUUUCCAGAGUCCCCUCGCUGGCUCCUUCUGUCAGAGCGAUCUGCAGACAUGAACUCGUUCAGCGACAGGAGAAACUCCAACAGAGACGCGAGGGAUGACGAGAGCUUCACAGAGCUGGAUUCAGAGCCAUCCUCCUCCUCACGCCCCCACCUGUCCUUCCCCGAGCUCUUCCACAGCAGGAACAUCUGGAAGAACAUGUGUGUGCUCGGCUUCACCUCGUUCAUCUCUCAUGGCAUUAGUCACUGCUACAGCUCGUUCCGAGGUGACGUCAGAGGCACCGCCCCCAGUUUCUAUUGGAUGUACCUGUUGCCUGUGUGCGCAGGCGGCGGCGCCUGGCUCCUGCUCUGGGCAACCGUGAACAGGUGCGGUCGCCGCGGCAUCCUGCUCCUCUCCAUGACGAUGACAGGGCUGGCCUCUCUGAUCCUCCUCGGACUCAUGGAGUACCUCAGUGAGACUGCCAUCACCAUUUUCUCAGUGCUGGGUCUGUUCUCCUCUCAGGCCACCGCCUCACUCUGCAUCCUCUUUACUGCAGAAAUCAUGCCCACCAUUAUAAGGGGCACUGGCGUGGGCAUCAUACUCGCUCUGGGCUGCCUGGGCCGCCUCAGCUCUCCGCUCAUGGACCUGAGGAACCACUACGGCUACUUCCUGCACCACGUAGUCUACUCGUCUCUGGCGCUGCUGGCCGUGCUGUCCAUCCUGCUGCUGCCCGAGAGCAAGAGGAAGCCGCUGCCACAGACGCUUGGCGACGGGGAGCUGUACAGACGCCCCCCGCUGGGCAGGAGGAGGAGGGACCACGUGCCGCUGCUGGCGACGCCCAACCCAGAGACCUAAACGACCCAGAGACAAGAGGCGUAGGCCGUGUAGUGUUGCAGCGUUGUUCCUGCAGAGGAGAAAAAGGAUGGAGCGGUGCAGAGACUUAAGAUGGAUGGAGACAGAAUGAGGUCGAAGCUUCCUGUCUUCCCGACACAGGCUGAUGGUUCAGCUGCCAAUAUUCUACAUCUUCAUCGUUCUGUUUCCUGUCAUUUAGACGUGUUUGAACGUGUUUGAAUACACUCCCACACACACCAUCCUUUCUACAUCAUGACAGACCCCACACAGCAAGCUGUUGGCUGCUUAUUACUGACCAUCCAAACACAUCGAGGAACUGAAAUUAUUCUUUGUGUAAAC